GAGCCAGUUGUUUGGCAACCAUGAAGUUCAGGCGGCGCUGCAGUGUGAACGACUCUGCUCUCUGCUGCCCCCUGUCGGCUCGGAGGUCUUCAGGCGUUUCACGCCGGCUUCGCUGGAGAAAUACCAUCUGAAAGGUGAAGCUGAGGGGGAGGAGCAACACGAGGGGGAGGAGCAGCAUGAAUCGGAGGGGGCGGGGCAACCUGAGGGGGAUGAGCAUUACAAAGCUAACGGGGAGGAGCAACCAAAGGACAAACAGGUACAUGAAGCGCCUCCCCGGUCGUAUUUGAAGGACCUAACCAAACCGGCCAAUCACCUGGAGGCAGGAAAGACCCUCCCCUUCAUCUACGGUGACCCGCCCCCUUUGCUUCUUGGUAGCCCAUUGGAGGAUCUGGAUCCUUUCUACCAAUCACAGAAGACCUUCAUCGCUCUCUGUAACAACCGGAUCAUCCACAGGUUUAACGCUGAGUCAGCAUGUUACCUGUUCAGUCCGUUUAAUCCUCUGAGGACCAGCGCCACCAGGAUCCUCCUCCACCCUGUUCUCACCUGGAUCCUCAUUUUGACAAUCCUGACCAACUGUGUGUUCCUGGUGCUUAGAGUUUCAGUGAUGCAAAGCUUAAAUUCUGCAUAUGUGGAGUACAUAUUCAUGACCAUGUACACCUGUGAGGUGCUGCUGAAGCUUGUGUCCCGAGGCGUCUGCUGGGGACCCUUCACCUUCAUCAGAGACCCCUGGAACUGGCUGGAUGUCCUCAACAUCAUCGGGUUUGUGCUCCAGAUGUUUGUUCCAAAACUUUGUGUUUUGCCAGCAAUCGCUCGUGUGAUGAAGCUCUUCGCCUAUAGACCAGGCCUGAAGAAGACAGCCGAAGCUCUCGUCCAAUCAGUGAAGAGGCUGGUUAACGUCACCAUCUUGACUGUGGUCCUCCUCAGUGUUCUGGCUCUGGUUGGUCUUCAGCUCUUCAUGGGGGUCCUCAGGAACAAGUGUGUCACCUGGCCACAGGAUGCUGGACCAUUUCACAACACCACCCCCCCACCUGGUUCAGUGGUCCCAGACAGCAACUCGACCAAUCACAGCAAGGACCCCUUCGACUUCCACGACUACAUCAACAACAACGAAAACCAUUAUUACCUGCCUGGUAGUCUUGAUGCUCUGGUGUGUGGGAACACGUCGGACACUGUGAUGUGUCCGGUGGGUGUCUGUAUGAAGGCCGGCAGAAACCCAAACUACGGAUUCACCAACUUCGACUCGUUGGGCUGGUCUCUGCUGGCUCUGCUCAGGAUCCUGAUGCAGGACCUCUGGGACAACCUGCUGCUGCUGACGAUGCGAGGAGCAGGGAAAUUCUCUAUCAGCGUCUUUGUCCUCGUCUUCUUCCCCGGAUGUUUCUUGGCGCUCAGCCUCGUCGUGGCGGUGGUUGCCCUGGCGCUGGCAGAGCAGAAAGAGGCGGAGUUUGCUGAAGCCAAACUAGUAGAAGAAGAGUACAAUCAGAUUGUGAAAGUGCUGAAGAAGAGGGAGGAGGUGGAGGAACAGUGGCAGGCCUCUGAGAGGGCGGAGCUUCAGGGUGAACACGAGUCACCACAGAAGAAGAAGAAUGCAGCUGCACGGAGCGAGGAGGCGGAGCACGUCACCGUAGACGACCCUGAGGAUGACCUUCGACCUUCGUGCUCUGCCGUCACUCACAGCAUCCUGAAAGGGGACUGCUGUGGCUGCUGGCGGACACUCAAAGAGAAGCUCCGCCCCUUUGUCAUGAGCUGGUUCUUUAAUCUCGGGAUUAUCCUCUGCAUCAUCCUCAACUUCAUCUUCUUGGCCCUGGAACAUUAUCCAGUGACAGAAAAUUUCCACGAUCUGCUGCUGAAUUCUAAUCUGAUCUUUCUGGCCAUUUUCACGUUGGAGCUCCUUCUGAAACUCAUGGCUCUGGGCGCGUACGCCUACUUCCAGGUCCGAUGGAACAUCUUUGACUUUGUGGUGGUCGUCUUCGGUCUGUUGGAUGUUGUGCUGGCUAAUGUGGAGGGGCUGUCCUUGAUAUCUACCCUGCGAUUGAUGCGAGUCCUGAGGUUGGGUCGGUGGUGGUCCACACUGGGUGUUCUGAUGAAGAUUAGCUGGGCCUCGGUCAGUCCUCUUGGUCUGGUUCUGGUUUUGGUGGUCUUCAUGUUCUCUGUGGUUGGCAUGGAUCUCUUCCAAGAGGACUACAAGGACCUGGUCUGCAGGAUCUCAUCGGACUGUGAGCUCCCCCGCUGGCACAUGGUGGACUUUUUCCACUCGGUCCUGCUGGUCUUCAGGGUCCUGUGUGGCGAGUGGGUCGACAGCUUGUGGGACUGCAUGGAGGUGUCCAACCGGACCGUCUGUGUCUUCUUCUACGUCACGGUUCUGCUCACCGGAAACCUCCUGGUCCUGAUUCUGUUCUUGAACCUGCUGCUGAUCCCAUUCCGGGAUGAGAAACUGGCAACUGAAGGAGGAAAAGGAACCAGCAUGAAGUGGACCAAGACCUGGAUUCUGGAGCGAUUCAGGUCCUUGAAGGGAAAACUCGGUCCUGAGACUGAGGAGAACGGCGGGAAAGAACACCUGGCCCUAAAGACCAUCACCUCGGACCAACAGAUCCUCGAGGGUCACCCUGAGGACCAGGACUCCUGCAAGGUGUUGCCCAGUCCAUCUGCUGAGGAGAAAAAACAGCGUGAAGCCGUCCAGAAGUCUGAAGACCCCGAGAAUCAAACAGGAAGUGGACCUGAGGACUGCUGCUGUGCAUGCUGUUACCUCCGCUGUCCCAUCCAGGACAUAGACACGUCCCAGGGUGCAGGGAGGGUCUGGUAUAAGUUCAGAACAGUUUGUCUCCACAUCGUUCAGUUCAGAUUCUUCGAGGCCUUCAUAAUCUUCGUCAUCCUGUUGAGCAUUGCUGCAUUGAUGUUUGAGAGCAUCAACCCUCAGCAACAACCAAUCCUGCAGAAUCUUUUGGACACAGCAGACCAGGUCUUCACCUACAUAUUUCUGUUGGAGAUGCUUCUCAAAUGGGUCGCCCUCGGGUUCAAGAAGUACUUCAGCAGCUUCUGGUGCUGGCUCGACUUCAUCGUCCUGGAUGUUGCUCUGUUGUGUUUGAUUUUCAACACACUGGGGUACUCAACAGAACCUCUGAGGGUUGUGAGGACCCUGAGAGCCCUGUCCCGCUUCAAAGGCAUGAGGAUGGUGUUGCGUUGGAUGGCGGCGAGCGUUCCCUCCAUGUGCAGAACAAUACUGGUUGUUCUGUUUGUCUGGCUGAUCUUCAGCAUCAUUGGGGUGAACCUGUUUGCAGGAAAGUUUGAUUACUGUUUCAAUGAGACGAGUGCAGAGGCCUUCAUGGUAUCUGAGGUGGAAAACAAGUCCGAGUGUCUUGGCCUUUCUUUAAACGCUACUGAGGUCAACUGGAAGAAUGCCAAGUUUAACUUUGACAACGUGGUGAUGGGUCUCCUUUCUCUGUUGAUCAUGGCGACAUCUACGGGCUGGCACGACAUCAUGUACGCAGCUGUGGACUCCAGAACGGUAGAGGAACAGCCAGUGUAUGAAGUCAACCUGUACAUGUACCUGUACUUCAUCCUUUUCAUCAUCUUUGGCUGCUUCUUCACCUCCAUCCUCUUCAUCAGAGGCUUCAUUGAUAUGCUUACACAGCAUGAACACAAGAUUGGAGGGAAACAUGUUUUUAUGACAAAAAAUCAGCUGAGGUUUCAUGGAACUGUGAGGAAAAUGUUCUCCAAGACACCCGAGAAAGCUGUCCCACGACCACAGAACCAGUGCCAGGCCCGGCUCUUUGACCUGGUGACGUCACCGAUCUUUGAGAUUGUGGUGAUGGUGUUGAUCUGUGUAUACGUGGUGGCUCUGAUGAUGGAGCAGGAUGACCAGUCCUUAGAAACAGAUAUAGUUUUCUUCUGGAUUCACUUCAUCAUCCUCAUCCUCUUCUACAUCGAGUUCAUCCUGAAGAUUGUUGCUCUUCGACAUCACUACUUCCGCUUUGGUUUGAACAUCAUGGCCUUUGUGAUUCUCCUCUUGUUGACCACAGGUAUCUUCAUCGCAGAUGUGUUUGAAAAAUAUUUCUUCAGUCCUGGUUUCUUGCCCAUCCUUCGACUGGCUCACAUCUGUAGAAUCCUCCCGUUGACUCGCUGGGCCAGAGGGAUACAGACGCUGCUUGUGAGCUUCCUGAGGUCACUUCCUGCCCUCCUCAACAUCGGCCUGCUCUUCUUCCUCGUUACGUACACCUAUGCUUAUGUUGGCAUGUACGCCUUCGGCCACGUGAAGGAGGAGGCCAUGAUCGACAGCAUGUUUAACUUUAAGACGUUUGGAAACAGCAUGAUCAGUAUGAUUCUGGUCAGCCCGUCCUCUGGAUGGGACGGUUUUCUGGGUCCUAUCAUGAACACGCCUCCAUACUGUGACCCGGGUGUAGACUGCAGCAGCCCAGCAGGGGGCAUCGCCUUCUUCACCUCCUACAUCCUCCUGUACCUGCUGCUGGUCGUCCACCUCUUCGUCGCUGUUGUCCUGGAGAGCUUCAACUGCAGGGAACCAGAGAAUUCCCUGAGCGACGAGCACCUGCAGAUGUUUUAUGACACCUGGAGGAGGUUUGAUCUGGAUGCUUCACGGGUCAUAAAUUACAGCCAGCUGUCAGAUUUCUGUGACCAACUUCAGGACCCGCUAAGGAUUCCCAAACCGAACAACAUCAAACUGAUCCACAUGGAUCUGCCUCUGCUCCCUGGAGACAAGAUCUGCUGCCUGGACAUACUGCAAGCACUCAGCACACAGGUGUUUGAAUCAGGACAGAUGGAGGAUCUGAAGGGCAGAUUGGAGGAAAAGUUCAAUGUCCACAACCCUCAGGAGGCUCAGGAACCAAUCAGCAGCACCCUGCGGAGGAAACAGGAAGAGGUGGCGGCCGGUGCGAUCCAGCGAGCGUUCAGGAGACACCGCAGGCAGGACAAAGUGGAAUAGAACAGUGGACCUUGAUGUGGGCGGAGCCACUGGGUUCUCCACAGCGAUCACCUGACUUCCUGUGAGACGGUGACUUCAUCUCUCCCUGUUUCUAAACAUAAUGUCUUAUUUUAAUGUUUCCUUUUAAAAUCCUGCACAGGUACAGCAUUCACUCUGGAUCUGUCUGUAACUAACAGAUUUAAUCUGCUCUAACCCAAACGUUAACACCUAUUAUCUCACAAAGUGUCGACAAAAAUCACUAAACUGUGAGAAAAUACACAACUUGUUACUUGGAAUUACAUUUAACAUGUUUGCUCAAAGGCCCAAAGUUUGGGUCAGAACUUAGCGGGAGUUAACAGAAACUAUAUUCAUUUUGUUUGUUUGUCACUUUGUACAUCUCAGAACAAACAAACUGUGAACGUUGAUUUAAACUAUCUCAGCUCUGUGGCUCGUCCAGCUUUAUUUGAUUUUUUCUGCUUUCAUUACAAAAACAAGGGUGUAACUUUAGGUCAAGCACUGGGGGGGGGGGGGUUAUGCUCUAAAACCCUGCAUGUCAUUUUCAGCAGUUAUGUUUAAACGUAAAUAUCGUAAAUUUUAAAUCAGGUCAAAGUUACUUAAAGACAACGAGAAUUGCAGGUGUCUGUUUAACCAGUUUAUUUCUGUUGUGUUUGAGCAAAUUGUGACUAGAUCAAAUUAUUAUGGGGGUCAUACCCCCCCGCAUAUUAUGCCUGUGCUUGGUUAAACAUAAUAAUGUUCAGUUUAACCAGAAAUAACUCAAGUAACAACUUUAAUUCUUACGUUUUUACUUUUGUAUACUUAAAUAACUAUAUUUUUUGUACUCUUUCAUAAUAAAGAGAAUGUAAAAGCA